UGUUCUUUGAAUAUAUUGACAGUAUAUGCCAUUAUAUACUCUUAAGUAAUUGUUUUAGUUUAAUUAAAUAGCAGUUAUCAGUAAAAAUACUCAAUACUUGGAUUUUAUUCUGUAGCUGUAAUUUUUUAUAAGUCUUUAAAUUAGCAAACAUCAAAUACGAAUAGCCAUGUUGCGCAGUUGGAACAUUUCUUCACAUGACGUCACAGAACAAGUUUGUUGUUUUCAAGUUCAACCUUAUACAUUCAUAGAGGUUAUGUAGCACUCCGAGAUGUAAAUCUAACGUUACGUUUAUUUUAUAAAAACAAUAAUAAUCAAUUAAAAACAAAAUGGAUAAAAACAUGCAAGUUGAUCCAGAUCCAGAAACAGAUACUAUUUCAACUGGCUUUAUUUUCUCAAGACCAAACAUUAUCCCUAGUCCAGAAAAACAUGUUAACUUUGGUGCUUUUACUGAUAGUGCUAAUGUUUUUGGUGGGAGGAUUACCCAAUUUCCUGAAGCUUCAACUUUUACAUUUGCCAAACCAGCGACUAUUGAAAGACAAGAUUAUGGAGAUGAAUCACAUACAACGAAUCAAAACGUACAGGCCAACAGAAUUUUUCAACCCUCUCCGUUCUCUACCCAAGAUAUUAAGAAGACAGCAGAUGAAUCACAAAUAGCUACUAAUCAGAAUGUGCAAACUGAUAGAAUUUUUCAACCCUCUCCGUUGUCUACCCAAAAUAUUAAGAAGACAACAGAUGAAUCACAUACUACCAAUAAAAAUGCACACAAUAAAAAAAAUGUUCAACCUUCUCCAUUUUCUGUCCAAGAUAUCAAGAAGACAGCAGCAUUCACUCAGCUAGAGAAAAAUUCCAAGAAAAAUGAAAAUAUUAAACUAGAAGUAUCCAAGUCUAUCAGCUGCCUAGAUGUACCAGAUUCUCUUCUAGUAAAAUCUGUGGCCAAGGAAUACUUCGAGCAGUUUGGAGAAAUACUAAAAAUAACUAUUCGGCCAAAACGUAAAAUAAUCGCAGUUUAUUAUGGUACAACAGUUGAAGCAUCUGAAGCUUAUAACAAUGCUGGAUCAUUUUUGGGACAUGAUUUUAAAGUUGAAUGGACAAAUUCGGAUUUAUUGUUGAAACCUAAAAAAAAAGAAUCUAUUAAGGGCAAGAUUUCCAGUAUUUUAAAUAUAGAUGACGAUGUGAAAGAAGAAUUGGAAGCUCUAAAAGGUUUAGAGUAUAAUUUGCCAGAUACCCAAAAUUUAAAAGUUUUGACUGCAGUCGCAAAGGCAAAAGUGAGAAAGGCAAAAGUUGUUGCUAACAAGGAAGCAAAGCCUUUGAUGAAAGCAGCAAAAGCAUUAACUACAAGAUCAUCAAUAAAAAGACCAUUAACUUCAUUACCUUUAGCAAGCAAAAUAGCAAUUGCUUCUGAAAAGUCAACUCCCAUAGUUGAAGCAGCAGGAAAUCAAGUUCUAAAAAUAAGUAGCUCAACUAUUGAGGAAUUAAAAAGUCAAGUUCGUCAAGCGGGUACAACCUCGGAAGAAAAAUGGAAGAUUCUGGAUGCCCGGGAUCGCCUUAUGAGACUAAAGCGUAAUAAGCAAAAGAAACUGGCUACCGCCAAGGUAACAGUAGGUGUCUGUCCAGAUAUGUGCCCAGAGAAAGAAAGGUAUAUGCGUGAAUUCCAGAGACAACUCUCGCCUUAUGAACAAAUGGAAGGCGGCGAGUACAGGAUCAAUCACUCUGUCGCUGUAAAACAGUAUUCCCGGUCAUCAGCUGAUCAAGAAGAACCAAUGGCUCAUGAUUUGAGGCCAGUCAAGUCCUUGAAGAUGACCAUGAGUUAUCUCUUACACGAGAUCGCCGACCUUUGCGAGGAAGACGAUGCGAAUUUAACCGAAUGGUACCACUUUCUGUGGGAUAGAAUGAGGAGUAUACGUAAAGACAUAACGCAACAGGAACUGUGCUGUGUAGACACUGUUGAACUAGUGGAACAGUGCGCCAGGUUUCACAUAUUGUCGUCCGAAAGGCUUUGCGCAGAGGAGGCAUCAGUUUUCGAUCCAAAAAUCAACAGUGAGAAUCUGACCAAGUGCCUGCAGUCGUUGAAGUACAUGUACUACGAUUUAAGAGAAAACGGCAUAUCUUGCAAAAACGAGCCGGAAUUUCGCGCUUACAUUAUUUUACUGAAUUUGAACAACGGCACCUUUAUAUCGGAGCUGAGGACGCUGCCUCCGGAAGUUCAGCACUCGACAGAAGUAAAAUUUGCACUGGAAGUGCACUCAGCCAUAGCCAUGGACAAUUACUGUAGAUUUUUCAAGCUUGUGCGCAACACGUCCUACCUGAAUGCCUGUAUUCUGUUGCGUUACUUCAAUCAGGUCCGUGUAAAAGCCUUGUCAAUAAUGGUCAAGGCCUACUGCCGCACCUCGGGCACAACGGAGUAUCCUCUCUACGAGUUAAUCGACAUCCUCGGCUUCGAGGACGAGGAUGAGGUGUUUGAUUUCUGUUCUCGCGUGGGUCUGAAAGUUGACAAGGAAAGCCUCUACAUCAAAUUGAAUAAAGAACAAUUUCGACGACCUGACAGCAUGCUGGAACAAAAUCGUGCCUACAAUCUUGUUUUAUCAAAGAGAGUGUCGGUUAACCAAGCAGUUGGCGAAUGUAUUGCUGGAGGAGUUUGGCCCGAAAAGACCUACGAGAAUCACAAGCCGCACAGUAGUUUCGACUCGCAAGGAUACUUGUUGCCCUCGUCCAUCAACGCUCAGGAUCAGAAUUCAGCGGAUCCUUACGAGUUUAUGGACGAGGAAGAGAAUGACGUGCAGUUUGUCAGCGAACAGAAAAGGACCAAAGUUGUUAAUAAGAUAUCCAAUAAUAUCGAUGAGAAGAAACAAUCUAAUGCUGUUGCUAAAUCGACGAAUGCCGAGUUCUCGUUUAAACAACCCGAACCAAUUUUCUCCGCUCCGACGACGAAUAAAAUUUUCUCCAUGACGACAGCAGCAGCUACGCCGAGUAGCAGCGUUAACGAUCCAAAAUUCUUGGCACCUACUGCUACCACAACUGCGACAACGUCGAUCUUCGCCAAACCACCAGCUUCAAUUUUCCAAGCUAUUCCGACGAAACCGUCGGUUCUCCCGACGAAUUCACCUUUUAACAUGACGAUGAAUAAAAGUAUAUUCGCUGGUACUACUAAACAAACAAACUUGUUCAAGCUGCCUUCGGUAUCAGCUAUGUCUGUACCAAUGAAGCAGGAUACCGUCGACGCUGCGAGCGAUCGCGUGUCGACAAAGCGGCGAUUGGAACAGGACUCUGAAAGCAGAGUCGAGAAGAAGAAACUUUUGGAAAGGGAUGAGCUUCGUCGCAAGCAACUCGAAACCGAGGAGCGUCUAAGGAUUGAACAGGAAAAGUUGCGCCGACUAGAGCAGCUGAACAAGUGUACCUUGGAGCAAUACAAGCAGCUCCAGAAGGAGGUUCUGGAAGAGAUGUGCUCCUCGAUAGUUCAAGCCGAACUGGAUCGGAUCAAAUUCAUUGGAACCCUCAGCAACGAAAUCUUCGACAGCCUCGUGCGCGAGAUCUGCGAGAGUAUACUGGACGAGCAGCUUUUCAUUCAGGACAUGCUGAUCGAGGUGGAGCGUCGGCUACGUGACCGACUCGUUAUCAAGUACUACCGCAUGUGGAAACAGUGGGCCGCGAAACGCAGAGCCCAGCGCAGAGAAGCCCUGGACAAUACGCCCGUUUGGCUUCAACCUCAGAGCUUGGAAGAGCGCGCCAGACAGCUCUAUCAUCCUGAGCAGAAGGUGGCGAUUAAAUACGCGAGAGAGAACAAGAGGAAGAGUCUGGUAGCCGAUGAGGAGAAGAAACAGAAGCUUACACCGAUUGAGUUCAUCAUCAACGUAGGGCUGAAAGAGAAUGCCAAGAGCUUGGACGUGGAGCCCAGCCAGCAUGCGUUUUGGAAAAUGGUCAUAUCAUGGCCGCUGUUGGAGAACAGACUCACGCUCUGGCGGCACAAAAAAGUCGUCAACAAAUAUCUCAGUCCAGAAGAUUAUACAAUAGAACCAAUCAUCAUUCAACACAAGCCCAAUCCUCUGGAACACCUCGACAUCUGCAUUCGCCACUUCGAAGGACUUAUUUGUGAGAACUACCUGACAGGGAUGGACGCCCUCCUGUUUAUUGUUAGUGCCGACGAGGAGCCACGAUCUAUUGAACGACGUCUUACUAAGUCUGUACUAUCCCGUGAAAAACUCAUGCCCAUACCGCUAGUCAUCUUGAUUUUUGGUGACGAGGACCGAGAUCCUAAAGUAGUUGAGGUUGCGUCAAUAGUCGAGAAUUUACUAGAAUCGGGAUACGUAUCCGAGUAUACGGUAUUAUACGAGAGGAGCGUCGAUGAAAAUGUCGUUCUCAGUGUAUUGCAAAGUGCCACUAUGUGGCUGGCUAUUAAUAAGUCACCGUCUGUGCCAUUGGAAAUGGAUUAUUUAAAGAGGGUGUUUGACGACUGUUUGACUGAAGAGCUGUGGCUAAGGAUUCAAGGACAUCUAUCGAAUAAUCCCAAAUUUUCAAAACCCUUGAAUGACCCGAAUUUCAUAAUUAAUCUGCACAACGAAGCGGUCAAUCACAUCAUGGACAUUAUUUUGGACCCAGAAUCGAUGACCUAUACCGAUUUUGCACCGGAGUUGAAGGUCUAUCUAAAUAGCAAGCGCACCUAUCCCUGCACUUACGAAUACUUCGAUAUCGUCUGGAAGCAUCCGGAAUACCGAGCAGAACUCGAGCGCAUAAUGAGUAGUUUUAUUUUUCCACCAUGGAAAGAAUCAUGGCCAAUUCAUGACACGAUGGAGCUUCACGAAGCUAUUACUGAUUAUUGUUGUCAAAUUCUGCCUUACGAAUGCAGUGUAUCUGUCACUAACAACAUAAUGAGCGACAUGUUUUUGAUAUCAGGACAUAGUGAAGAUAACUGUCAAACUUUCACCGACGUUAUUUUGCAUAUUAUAGGCAAAAAGCUCACUGCUAUAGGUGGUAACACUCGCGUUGUUUACAACAAAAAUCAUAUCAAGCACUUCCAAACACUGCCUUGGUGGUUUAAAUCGAGCAUACUCAUGGAUUAUAUGAUACAGCAGGAGGAGAAUGAUAAGGAAGAAGAGGAAAAUCAGGAGCAAAAUUUGAGUAUAUCUGAAACAACUGUGAGUCAGAUGCAGAAUUCUAUACCCUCGACAUCGCAAAUGGACAUAAACUUCGAAUGUGAUAUUGAUGAGCUGGAUCAGACGUGUCGUCAGCAGGAUGAGGAACUAGGAUCAUUGGAUGAAUUCUGUCAAGAAACGUGCAAACGCUUCGCAGAUGUGCAGGCUUGUGCAGAAACAUUGGAAAAGCAAUUGAAAGAGCAGAGAUUGAAAAACGAAGCUCUCGAAGCUAGGCUGAAAGAGGCGCUUAAAGAUGAAAUCUUUGAUAGCUGUAGCUGAUUUAUUUUUUACUUACCUCGCGGUUAUUAUUUAACUUUUCUGAACCAUUAAUUAUUAAUCGAUGGAAUGGAAAAAAUGUGACUUUUUAAACAUUACAUUUAUUUGGAAGUGAUUAGGAAGUUUUGUAGUAUGUUAUGGUAUAGUUUGUAUAUAUAUACAUUAAACUUAAUUGUAUAAGAAAGUGCGAUAAGGGUAUUCUUGUUAUUUUUUAAUUCUUUUUAUUGGAAAUGUGCCAUGUCUGUAUAAAUAAGCCAUUUUACUUACAAACAGUCUAACACCAUCGAUUUAUUAGAACAUUAAAUUAAUGUUUUACAACUUUACCACAAGUUUUUGAAGUAAUUAAUUAAUUACUUGAUUCUCAUUUUAUAGAAAAUAAAUUAAUAAACGUGCAUUCUUUUUAUUAGGUGAAUAAUUCAAUUCAAACAUUCAUUAUUAUGAAUUAACUUUAACUUUCAAGUAACAUAGACUACCCUAUCUGAAUGUAAAUACGUAUGUCUACUAAAUUAAGACACCCAACUUAAAUGUGUAUAAGAACAAAUUGACAACAAAUUUCUUACUAUUAAAUAAUAACAUUUUUUA